UUUAUGAUUUUUCUUUUCUUGUUAAAAAAAAUAUUCAUCAUAACCAAAACUCAUGCGUUUGAAUAAUCUUCCACCUCUUAUUUCUAUGUGAACUUGGCUCGAUUCCAUAUCAGCCGAAAGAGUGUCCCUCUUUUUCUUUCUUCGGCUCUCAUUACUUGCCUACUUGCAUUGGAUGGUUGGAUGACUGCUCUCAACACCACUUCACAUGCGACAGUCAUUGCUUCUGAUACCACCCAACACUCGGACUCCCCACCAUCACUAAUUCAUACUCCAAUGGCAAGCUUAAGUGCUCAGCCGGCCUCCGCGGCUCAGCUUCUCACGCCGUCGCCGCUGGAAACAAGGCAGUCAGGCGAGCGCAUUGACUGAAUGAAUAGGAGACAUAUCAUCGCGUCGUCAUCUUGUGCCGAUUUAUUAGCUUCAAGAAGUUUUGAAGCUUACACUCUCAUCAGCUCUCCCGCAUUUACUCUCGAUACCUGUCAUUUUAAAGCCCCAUUCAAAGUUAUCGGGAACUUUUCUUCGUCUUACCUUCUCCACGCUUUAAUGUCCAAUCUCACUAGACUAUUAGGCUGACAUAUCUACGGUUGCUCGCGGAUUCUGGCGUCAGUUUCCGGGUGCUACAAUCCUGUCAAACGCUGUGUUCAGCUUUAUCACAGCCUCAACAGACGGCCGCCAUUGCUGGGAUGCCUCCUAUGCUUCAGUGAAGGCUUCAAGGACACCACGUUUAUCGCACGGUGACACCUCAAUAUUACAGUGACGAGUCUUUGAUAAAGCGAGCGCGGGGUUUAUCUAACAAAACAUCCACGCGAGUUGAUCAAAAUACCAUUUCGCAAAGGACCAACAGCGCCAGCUCACAAUGAGCGACAGGGCACAAACAAGACCCCGGCCAUCAUGGCCUUCUUCGGAGGGCGCCAUCCAAGAAACAGUAUCACAGCAAUCGAAAGUUGAAGACUGUGAAGAAACAACCAGUCAGCCGCCUAGUGAAGGUGCUACUCACUAUCCAACACCGCCUAGUUCGUCAUCCAAACUACAUCACACCCGUUCAAACGUUCAACGAACUGUCAGCGGGUCCGCCGUUACGCAGCCAACACCCAACGACGACGCAGCCGUAACUAAGCCCACCGGCAGCAGAAGCAAGAUGCUAAGGGAAGCUAGGAACAUGAAGAACAGGGGAGCACGUCGACCUGCCAGUGUAUCAUCAUCCGGGCCUGAUCCAUACUUUGUCCCCCAUGACGCCUUUACAUCAUCCCCGGAAUCGAACUAUUUUAAGAAUACUCCCAGCGGACGUAAAGCAGUGCCUUCGGCAUAUGAUCCAACAACUGUUUCCAUUAUCAACUAUCCUCAGUCUCCUGUUAGUCCUAUGUCAUACGCUGGUUGGGGACCAAACCAUACACCAUCUGGCUAUCCUCCAUCACAAGACCCCUUUUCGCCUCAGCAAUCGGGUUUUCCACUCAUCGAGCAAUCUUAUCAUCCUGGAUUUACAUAUUUGAACCAAACGACCAGUAAAUCGGAACCUCCUACUGUUAAUCAAAAUCCUUCAUAUGAUACUUCAUACGACGCCUCUUACCCAGAAACCCAGGACGAAAUGGCUGUGCCUAAUGGAAACCUCCCAAUCGAAGCUCUGGAUGGAUACGCAUCUAUCGCAGCCAGGAUUUCUGGCCGAGCUGAACCGCAACUGAUACCCAUAUAUCGAAGAUUCGACUGGCUGCUUCACCGCAACCUAUUGCGUUAUCAAGACCAACUUGGGAUGUUGGAGGAAGAACUAAUACGCAUGGAUUCCAUCACUACACGAUUUGGGGCGCAUAUACCUGUAUCUGCUCGGGAAGAACGGCGGCUUGGCCACCAGAUCCAUCAAGAUAGGGUAAAUCUUAUGGAAAGAAUAAAUGAUAUUCUUUCCAAGUACAAAAUGGCGAUGUCGACACUAGAAUACAUGCAAAAGCGACCACCACCAACGAAUGACGAGAUACAAGCUUACAAAACUUAUCUGAACCAUAGGCAGAUUUUGAUAGACGAAGAAACUCAAUUCCUUGGUGCGUCAGACCUCCUCGCCCUAUCACACGGGACGGCAACAAAUGUUCCUGGAGUCAAUCAAGCACCACCUGCCGCUCCCAUUGUUCCUCUGAGAACUCUCGUAAACGGUUUUUCUAUGAGUUUUCUCUGUCUAGGGGUAUUAAUAUUGGUUCUUCCUGAUCUCAUAACCCGGCUGGUCAUGUUGGUCUGUUAUGGUGUGCUGGUAACUACGAUAUUAUCGACUACCGGACAUCUCAGACGACUGAGACCACUGUUCGAAGGCUAAAAGGGACAUCUCAUUUAUCCUUUCAGCUCGAAGGCUUCAAGUGCAGCCCUUCUCAUGGUAGGUGACUGGAAGGACUUGAUAACAGGAGAGGUCAAUACCUAAAUGCUAGGAUUGGGGAUUUACUUUUCUCUUUGUACGAUGGUGGGCAGAAUAUGAGCUCAUAAUAUUACAUUUGAGGACAUGAGAAAUCAAUUGCGAUGAGAGCAUCAGGAUAAGAGAUAUAUCAUGAAAUUUGUGUACCAAGUUGAGUAAAGACUUUUUCCACAAUUCCCUGCAGCGAACAUGGACAGCGAUUUGGUUUCUGCCCAAUAUCCAACCGGGCGAAUGGUUUAGUGGUAUAAUACUCCCUUAGCAUAAUUCACCUGAAGAAUCUGGGAGUGGUCCAGGGUUCGAUUCCCUGUUCGUCCAUUGAAGAUGGUUAGAAUCCAUCAUUGUGUAUCCUCUUUUUGUUCCCCAUUAGCUAGCUAUACGGUUUACCCUAUACAUCCGAGAUCCCGUUUAUAGUGCCUCAAUACUUUACAUAAUGGCGCAGUAGAAUAAUGUUGCUUUUAAACACUUGCAUAACCAGGUAUAUUGCUUAUGUGGCC